CACUUCCCAUCAGGCCAUCACGAUCCCGAGUUAGGGCAUUGCUUGCGAUUGGGAUUUGAUUGCCUACGAAGAUAAGUCUUUAUACCUGAGAUACCUUUUACGAGGGAAUGCCCGUCCUCACGAUCCAACAUGUGUUAGUGUAGACUGAAGAUUUUGAAAAACAAUUCAAGGGAGUCACUUUGUCGCUGAAAAAACACGAGAAAGGAGGAGAUACAUUCUGUGAUACAGUCUGAGUCAUAGUAGUUGGUGUUGCAUAGAAGGAAUGGAAGGGCUAAGGGAGCUGGAAAGGGUGCAGAGAAUUAUCGAGCUGAUGGAAUCCCAUGGCAUCUUGAACCCCAACAACAACAUUAAUCCUGACUCCAAUCGUUUCCUUGCAAAUUUCACCCACUUCUUGGUUCAAACUUGCAGCGAGCUUGACAUGGAAAUCAAGUGCCAACUGAUUUCAGAGUAUAUGACAAAGAUUUCAACUUUAUUUCUGGAGGAAGCACUGCAAUGUAUUGGGGAAGAAGGUAAUGAACAUAUUGGAAAUGCUGUGCCAGUACAUUGUGAUGAUGAGCAAAAUGUUGAUCCAUCACAAGACAACUUCCUAGAUACUGCUGCAAUUGGGCUGGACUCCAUGCUUCGAGCAAAUUCUACAUUGGAAGAUUUUGAUCUGCUUGUUCUCGCAAUGGCAAGACUUUUCCUUAAGGAUUGUCCUCAACAUUGUUGGACUGAUGGUAACGAUGAACAGUGUAGGUCAUAUUUUAUGUUUCAUAAGAUGGAUGUUCACCAGCCGCAGUUAAUAUUCAAAUACUUACCAAUACUUUCAUUUACAGAGAGUUACAUUUAUCAGUUGGAUACUUUGAAUGAGAAGCUACUUCAGUCACCAGCUUACGGAGUUCAGCUUGGGGAAAUAGAAUCCUAUGUGGGUUGCCAAACAGAGGGAAGAAGGGCAAUCAGAUCCUUGAAGAUGUUGGAAGCUGACCCAUUUAAACCACUUCUUAUCCUACUUGAGCAUCAAGGCCUUCUCACGGAGCGGAUAAGAGAAGAACUUUGGUCUGGGGUAGAGUACUGGAGUCUUGAAAGAAAACUAUGUUGUCAUCCCUUGAGUGGAAGUGAGAGUAGUGUAGGAGAUGUGAUGAGGGCUAUUCAUCUGAAAUCCUUUGAUUAUCGGGUACUUAAUCUGCUGCUGUAUCAAUUGCGGGGUGAAAAGGUGAAUGAAUUGCAUAUGGAAUUCCUAUCAAUAUCAGAGUUCUUGGUUGAGCUAUCCGAUGAUAUGUUUGACUAUGAGGAUGAUGUGUUGGAGAAUAAUUUCAAUAUAUUGCGCAUGUUUGUCAGAAUAUAUGGAGCUUCCAGGGCACCAACCAUGCUGGCAAAACGUAUCACCGAAACUGAGGAGAAGUAUGAGAACAUGUUGAAAUCUUUGGAUCCUGAAUUGGCCAUGAAUUAUCAGAAAAGGUGUGAAGAAGCUACAAAAGAAGGUGGGAAGAUAUCGGGUCCUUCUCUUGGGACAUGGAAUAUUCCAACCAUAAUUGAAGACGAGGAUUCUUAUCGAUGCAAAAUCUUGAAUGUUAAGCCAACAACUGUAGUUCAGGCAGAUGUUGACAAGUGCUAUAGUUCAUAAUCUCAAUCUAAUGAGUCUGCCUAAAUUGUGUAAAAUUGAUCCGGGACUAGUUACACUUACUGUAGACUGACUUGGACACAGAAAUGGUUCUUGGUAGUUUCCCAGAUUUUAACCUAGAAGUGUUUAUGUUUUCCUGCUGAGGAAUAUUGGGAUUUGGGGGACUUGGAUGGCUGCCUUUGUAUUCUUUUUCCAAACGUUUCCAUCACUUGCUGUUUUGUGGGUGAUGAAGGAUUAUGGGAUAAAGGAUUCUUGGACUUGGUAACUAUGGAAUUAUCAGUUGAUUAUCCGGAUGGAGUUUUGGUCCAGAUUUGCAUCCCCAUUGGAUAUUCAAAGAGAAACAGUGAAAUAUGUUUUCAGAACGAUCAUGAGCUUCUAUGGUAUGACACUGAACAAACGAUUGUCCAAAAUGGGCAGUUUGGAUGGUGACCCAUUUAUGAUGACUGGAUAUCAAUGCCUUGCCAGCCUCGUUCAGCCAAGCAAAGGAGUCGAGCGCAAUCCUCGAUUUUGGGAAGGAACUGAUAAAGAAAACCUCCCAAGAUCCCGCAGAAUCGCUUACUAUGGAAGUCAAGAAAAGAGGAAGAAUUUCACAAUCACGGCUUGCUAUCAAAAUGUGCUAGCUAGCAAAUUAUCUGUAUAACUGCAUUGGAAUGUUUUUGGCAGUGGUUUGUUUCCUUGCUUUCGUGCUAAGCUUUUACAAUUCAACUAUAUGUUUUGUGCUCAGAUGAAGUAAUCAACUUCAGUAAAAUUUAGAAGAUUCUUCCUUUGACAAGAACAAUUAUAGCGUUCAA